AUGGAGUAUUGUCGCACCACUACCCAACCGUUGAACCACCACCGUGUCAUCGAACCAUCACACCACCCAAUCGUCACCCAAUGUAGCAUCCAAUCGUCACACCACCAAAUUGUUGCACCACCCAACACCGUCGCAUCAUCAUGUCGUACCACCACCGUACCGUGGAACCACCACCUACACUGUGUCGUAUUGCACGAAUUUGAAGGUGGGUGGUUAGCCGCGUUAUCGUAUUGCACGAAUUUGAAGACGUUAAAGUUUCAGUCUUGCAAAUUUAUCGGUCCGAAUCCCGGGCCUAGUGAGCAUUUAGGUUCUUGCCCUACGCUUGAAGAGUUAUAUUUGGAAAGGUGUCAGUUGAGAGAUAAGCAGGGGCUCGGAGCGUUGUUUUUGGUGUGCGAAGCUGUUCGGGACUUGGUUUUUGCGGAUUGUUUGGGAUUGGAUAACAACGCAUUCAGUGCUGCAAGUGUUUGUAGGAGAGUGGCGUCUCUGUCUUUGGAAGGAUGCUCGUUACUUACAAUGGACGGUUUUGAACCUGUAGUUCAUUCAUGGAAAGAAGUUAAAAGACUUAAAGUAGUUGCGUGUAACAACAUAAAGGACAGUGCGAUGUCACCUGAAUUAGCAACGCUUUUUUCUCUUCUUAAAGAGUUAAAAUGGCGUCCGGAUUCAAAGUCUAUUUUGUCAUCAGGUCUUGAGGGUCUUGAGGGUACUGGAGUAUGGCAGAGAGGUGGAAGAAGCUUCAAGAUUUGAUCUUUUUUUUUUCUUUUCGUUUUUUAAUAGGACACAACACAGAGUAUGCUUGUUCUACAGUAGCGGUAGCUGUGUUAGGAUUUAGAGAACAAGUGUAUUACAAGUCAGCAUACCUUCUUUAUCUUGUUUUGUUUUGUUACUUUUUCUUCCACAUUUAGUUAAAAUCUUGACAACUCAUUUUUGUUAUGGGUGAAAAUUUACUGGUUCACACUUAGAUCCAAUACUUGUUUACACCCAACGAAUCACUACAGGCGACAAAAGGUCUACAAACUUGUAGAGGAAGGAAUAAUUUGUUGAAAAGAAUAUGUUGUUAAAGAAUGAAUCAUUGACUA